GGAUGUCUCCCGGAGGGGAUGUGGGACUUGGCGCUCCGGAGCGGGGAGGGGGCCGCCCGUGGCCUGAGCUGCCCGCGCGCUGGAGGGAACAGAGGCGACCUGUGUGGCUGGGCAGGCGGGGCCGCCCCCGGGAAGGGAGGAGGUGCUGCCUGGCCCGCGUCGGACCCCCCGAGAGAGAGGGAGAGAGAAGCUCUUUGUCCGUCCCGCUGGACUGCAGCGGAGGGGGCGGGGACGCCGCUGGGCACUUCCCUGGUACAGUCCCCUCCGGAGGGCCGAGGGGCCGGAGAGCCGCAACCCUAAUCGCUGCUUUGGCUGUCCCAGCAGAUGGUGGGCAGUGGUGGUGCUCGCCGCGCUCCCUUCUUUGGGAGCAGGUGGAGAGUCACCCGAAGCCCCUCCGCAGUCCUGGACACAGCUGUGGUUCUUCCGCUUUUUCUUGAAUGCUGCUGGUUAUGCCAGCUUUAUGGUACCUGGCUACCUCCUGGUGCAAUAUUUAAGACGGAAGAACUACCUGGAGACAGGGGUCUCUGCUUUCCCCUGGUGAAAGCCUGUGUGUUUGGCAAUGAGCCCAAGGCCUCUGAUGAGGUUCCACUGGCUCCCCGGACAGAAGCAGCGGAUACUCCGCCCUCUUGGCAGGUCCUGAAGCUGAUCUUCUGUGCCUCGGGGCUCCAGGUGUCCUAUCUGACUUGGGGUGUACUGCAGGAGAGAGUGAUGACUGGCAGCUAUGGGGCCACAGCCACAUCACCAGGCGAGCAUUUCACAGACUCACAGUUCCUGGUGCUAAUGAACCGCGUGCUGGCACUGAUUGUGGCAGGUCUCUACUGUGUCCUACGCAAGCAACCCCGUCAUGGUGCUCCCAUGUACCGGUACUCUUUUGCCAGUCUGUCAAACGUGCUUAGCAGCUGGUGCCAGUAUGAAGCGCUUAAGUUCGUCAGCUUCCCUACCCAGGUGCUGGCCAAGGCCUCCAAGGUGAUUCCUGUCAUGAUGAUGGGAAAGCUGGUGUCCAGGCGAAGCUAUGAGCACUGGGAAUACCUGACUGCAGGCCUCAUCUCCAUUGGGGUUAGCAUGUUUCUGCUGUCCAGCGGACCAGAGCCCCGAAGCUCUCCAGCCACCACGCUCUCAGGCUUGGUCCUCCUGGCCGGCUACAUCGCUUUUGACAGCUUCACCUCAAACUGGCAGGAUGCCCUGUUUGCCUAUAAGAUGUCCUCAGUGCAGAUGAUGUUUGGGGUCAAUCUGUUCUCCUGUCUCUUCACAGUGGGCUCCCUCCUGGAGCAGGGCGCCCUGCUGGAGGGAGCCCGUUUCAUGGGGCGACACAGUGAGUUUGCACUGCAUGCCCUCCUCCUCUCCAUCUGCUCUGCCUUGGGUCAGCUCUUCAUCUUCUACACCAUUGGACAGUUCGGAGCCGCCGUCUUCACCAUUAUCAUGACUCUCCGCCAGGCUAUCGCCAUCCUUCUCUCCUGCCUCCUCUACGGCCACACUGUCACUGUGGUGGGGGGCCUGGGAGUGGCUGUGGUCUUCACUGCCCUCCUACUUAGAGUCUAUGCCCGGGGCCGUAAGCAGCGGGGAAAGAAGGCUGUGCCAACUGAGCCCCCAGUGCAGAAGGUAUGAGGAGUUAAGGACCCUCACUUGGUAGCUUCUCAGAGGCGCCGGCUCAAGGGCAGACUAUUUUCUCAGUAUUUCAGUAUACAGCAGGAUUGGAACCCUGGGGGCGGCCUCUUGCCUUGCCUUAAAAGCCCUCCCUACUUUCCUGAAGUGGCAGUUGUGGGUGAGGGUGAGUUAGUGGUGAUCCAGAGGGAGCUGCUCCCCCAACCUGAGGUCUUGGUUUUAGCUGGUAGACCUGUAAGCCAGCAGACACUGGGCAAGAGCAGCACAAAAGUUUACAGGUCCUACCAAUGUGGUUUCCCGGGGGCUGUGAAAACGGUGCUGUGCCAAAGGGAACAGAGCCCUGCCCACCCCCUUGGGGCCCUUGUGUUCCCUGCUCAAGUUCUGGUACUUGGGGUCCCCUCAGCUCUUAUUUGAUUAAACUGCAACAGUGACUUGGCCAUGUGUUUUGGUUGGCUGAAAGGGACUCAAGGGAAGUAGUGUUCAGAGGACCUACCAAACCACUCAGGCUCACGGGUGUCUUGAGUGUUACUGUACAAGGAGAACAGGACUGUGUAAAACGGCAUCUUCUUUAUUUUGCAUACUUUUAAUUUCAGAACAAAAUAAAACAAACAAAAACCACAAUA